AUGGAGUCAAAUCCCAUCAUCGAAUUGCCUGCCCAACCUGAGCAUGAUCCAGAGAAUCCGACCGUCCAUUCGGGUGUCUAUUGCGACGGCCCCAAAUGUCCCCAUGGUCAAUCCUACAUCAAGGGUAUCCGAUACAAAUGUUUUAUAUGCGCAGACGCUGACUAUUGCGGAAACUGUUUCAAUGGAGAGAACAACAAACAUAAUCGAUCCCACCCUCUGUUACGUUGUGUCAAGGAAGCUGUCUUUGCGCGAAAGGAGGAUCAGGCUAAAAUCAGAGAAGCUCUGCCAGCCGCGACCUUUCAUACCAUCACAGCAGACGAUAUAAAAUCUCAGGUGCAAGCAAAUGAGGAAAAUGAGGAAGAGGUUAACAUCGAACCUUCUUCUGCGAGCCAUUCUGAAAUUCAAACUAUCGGAGAGAUUCCGUCGGGACCUUCUAUUGUAGAGUAUAUGAUCAAAGAGGGUGGUGUGGUCGAGAAGCAUUUCCGUCCAAUUCAUCCGUCUGGGACCGUUAAAAUCGAAGGGCAAGAGGAACCAGAGAAAGGUGUGAUUCUCCAUGAUUUUUUGACCCCGGACGGCCUUAUCGCGCCAGAGAGGUACAACUACAGUGCGAAGCCUCAAUUUUAUAAACUACUUGCAGCCGGGCAACCCGCAACCCGUGUUAUAGACCUGGCCCCAGGCACUGGGCAUGAUAGGUUGAAGUGCACAAUCAGGGUGAUCAAUCUCAAUGAGCCGCCAGAAUACGAGGCCCUUUCGUACACUUGGUACCGAACUCCCAGCGAUAGACCUACUAUAGACGCAUGGUCUUCACAAGACGACGAAAACCAUCGGAACACUCUAAGAUGGGACUUGAGCAUACCAAUAUUCGUUGAUGACGACAAAUUCAUCGGCAUCAGCCCGGGCUUGAGAGAUGCGCUGCGUGCUCUACGCCAUCCCACAAAAAGCAGAGUUUUAUGGGUAGAUCAGCUGUGUAUCGACCAAAGCAGCACAAAGGAGCGCGAGAUUCAAGUGAGAUAUAUGAGCCACGUCUAUAGUAAAUCACAAAGAGUGGUGCUAUGGGUAGGAGAAGAAGAGCCGAACACUGGAGCUGCCUUUGGAAUUCUUCAAUCCCUCGGGAAUUAUCUCACAAAGGUUCCGAAACCACCUAUGCCAAAUCUACAAAAUCUGAGCCAGAUUCUUGAUCUUGCAGACGUACCUGAUCUGUCUGCGGACUCAGUUGGCUGGAGAGCCGUCCAUGACAUUUUUAAAAGACCUGUUUUCCAAAGAGGCUGGGUCGUCCAAGAAGUCACACGGGGCUCACAACUUCUUAUCAAAUGCGGUCGGCAUGAGAUUUCGUGGGCGAAAAUGAUGGCUGUCGUAUACCCUCUUUCCAAGUUCUUGUCCGUGUUUUUAGACAGAAGAGAGACAAUGGAUACUGCGCCUAGACCCGAUCUACUCUUGGGCAUGGACGAAACUCGCAUGAACUUUUGGAGGAUGGGAUCGAGCGUGAGAUUGUUCAACUCGCUACAUGCAACAAGGCUGUUCAAGACAUCUGUUCCACAUGACAAGAUAUACAGCCUGAUUGGACUUAGAGAACCGGCCUUUGACAUUCAGCCAAAUUACACGCAGCCGGUUAUGGAUGUUUGCAUAGAAGCAACAAAAUGGGUUCUGACUAACGAAAGGAAUUUCUCCAUUUGCGUCAUGAAUCAACGCGAUGAGCAGCACCACUUCCAUAAGUCAGCGUGGCCAUCGUGGGUGCCCAACUUUGCAGAUCCGGUAGGCUUGCCCGUGAGUUUAUCCCACGGACGUCCGUGGAGGGCUGCCGGUAGCUCUGUCGCCUCUGUUUCCUGGCCAGUGAAAGAUAAACCAAACACCAUGGAGGCUCUGGCUUAUAAAUGCAGCACUGUCGAUGCUGUUGCAAAUACUCCGCCUGCACAUCUCGGCUUUGUUGGGAAACUGACUGUCUUCAUGUUCCUUGCCGAAAGUCUGGGGCCUCGCUACCAAGGAUCGACGACUACCGCCGAAGCUUUUCUUCGAACUUGCUUUGUAAAUACUUCAGAAGACUUGUCUCCUAUCUCCACUGAAGAAAUUUCCAGCCUUGCAUCCUGGCUCUCGCGUUUCGUGGACGAGGUCAUAACUGGUGAUGAGCCAAUGGCGGAAAGGUUUCACACUCCAUUCUUCCUCGAUCUCGCUAAAAUCGGAAAGACGGCACCAAAUGUUGAAAUGGCCAUGACGUGGGAUUUGACAGACAGUUCUGCGACAUUGAACGUCAGUGCAAUCAUUGGAAAGAGGACCCUCUUUACCACUAGCGAUGGUUAUCUUGGGCUCGGGCCAUCAACUAUGGCCCCAGGAGAUGCUGUUUACGUUAUCGCUGGCGGAUGCACACCUUUCAUCCUCCGAGAACGGCCGGGUGACAUUACUUCCUCUAGCGAUGAGCCCGAGGCUAAGCCGGAGUACUCUUUAAUAGGAGAGGCAUAUGUUCAUGGGCUAAUGAAUGGGGAAAUCAUGAGAUGUGAGGGAAUGGAAUGGGCAAACAUAAGGAUAGUGUAG